UUUUUUUCGAUUUUUGCAGAUUUUUGGUCCAAAUUUUUUUCUUAUACAAUUUUUAGAAUUUGAGCAUGUCUGAUCUUUUAGAAAAUUCAAUGCCCUUAGGCAAUUUAAGUAAUUUGGCUGAAUUCCAUCCAAUUUUGUUAAAACACUUUAAUGGCUUGCCUAUAAUGAAUGUAGCUGUUGAAAUGGCUAAAGAAUUGGAUAAAUUGGCAAAUGGAAAGUGUGAAGAAAAACCUUCAAAAGAAUCUCUAAAUUCACUUCGUGUAAAUAUUUCUCGAUUAGAACGCCUUUGUGAUUCCUGGUUAAACACUGGACAUUACUCAAAUGUGCCUGACCGUUUGCGUUUACUUUAUUCUUUUUUGUGUGCACUUUUGGCUAAAUUGGAUUUUUUACGUGAAGAUUAUUUGUCCUCUUUACGUUUCUGUGAUGAAGGAUUACUUAAAGGCCAUGAUUUGGAGGAUGAGAGCCUUUCAAAAUUUGCUUCUCACCUUUGUCGUUAUUUUCUUCCUUCAACGCCUGAAUUAUUUACACAAAAUAAUAAAAAGCCAACUUCCCCUCCACCACCUCUAUCCAAUUCUUUUCCAAUCCAAAUUGAGCAACUUCCUUCACUCGAAUUUUUCUACAAAAAUAAUUAUUUGCCUGGAUUACCUUUAAUAAUUAAUGGAAUGGUAAAUGGUUGGCCUGCUUUUGAAAAAUGGAGGUAAAAAAUAAUUUUUUUGUUGAAAAUUUUUUGAGAAGAAAAUUUUUGAGGAGAAAAUUAAUUUUAAUUAAAAUAUUUUUUCAAAAAAAUUUUAAAAAUUAAAAAAACUUUAAAUAAAUUAAAAAUAAUUUUUUUUAAUUAUUGUAAAAUAUAUUUUCUCUUUUUAUCUUUUAUUUUUAUCUUUAAUAAAUCCCCCCACUAUUUUUUUUAUUUUUCUAAUGCUUUUUUAUUCUUGCUGUGCUUUUUCUUUAUUCAUUUUAUUUAUUUUAAUAUUUUUAUUUUUUUUUAAAUAUCGUGCUGAUUAAGAGCAUAUCCAAAGGAGUAAAUUGAGGGGAUGGGACUGUAACAAAAGUAUGACUUUCGCCGUUACCUUUUUUGUUGUUUCGACUUUCGUUUUUAAUUUACUUUCGCCUAAUUUUUUUAAAUAUUUUUUGGCAUAACCCUUUGGCUUUAACUCUUUCCUCCCUUCCUCUCCCCUCCUCCCUCCUCUUUAUUCCCCUUCCACCUCUUCCUCCCACAAAAAAGCCCAAUUUCGCGUUUUCUUGUACAUAUUUUUUUUGAAUUU